UUAGAGGGCGCCCGUGUUUUUCAGCGCAUAUAUAAGAUGCUCAAUCCACGCGCCGGCCUUUUCAGCUGAGUCCACGAUCAGGUCACAGCCAGCGCUGUUCGCCUCCUGACACCCCCCAAACACAAUCCAACAAAAUGAUCAUCUAUAAGGACAUCAUCACCGGGGAUGAGAUGUUCUCCGACAUCUACAAAAUCAAAGAGUCUGAGAAUGGGAUGAUGAUUGAAGUUGAGGGAAAGAUGAUCAGCAGGGCGGAGGGAGAAAUAGAUGAUGCACUGAUUGGUGGCAAUGCGUCAGCAGAAGUUCAGGAUGAGGGCUGUGAAUCUACCACAGUCAGUGGUGUAGAUAUUGUCCUCAACCACAAACUUCAGGAGACAUCCUAUGACAAGAAGUCUUACACAGCCUACAUCAAGGACUACAUGAAGGCAGUGAAAGCCAAGCUACAGGAAGUUGCACCUGACAGAGUAGACCCCUUCAUGGCUAACGCACCAGCUGAGGUCAAGAAAAUUCUAGGCAACAUCAAAAAUUUUCAGUUUUUCACUGGUGAAUCAAUGAACCCAGAUGGCAUGAUUGGUCUCCUUGAUUUCCGUGAGGAUGGCGUCACACCAUACAUGCUUUUCUUUAAGGAUGGUCUGGAGAUUGAGAAAUGCUAAAUUUCCCAAGUGUCAACAAUUUACCCCUCCAACUCUGGCCUCUGCUUGGUGGAUUGGGCCCGUGGAUUAAACCAGUCAUUCCCCCUCAUCCUUUCCAUCAGGACCAGAGGCUCUUUUAACUUCACGAGGCCACUGUUUUCAUUUCUUGAUUGGCUUAUGCCCGUCUACGAUGAGAAGACGUGAACUAUCCUUUCAUGAAAUUAAAAACGGGACUUUUAGCAAGCCAAACCGCAAUGUGAACAGAUUGUGGAAUAAGAAACUGAGAAUUUUUGGGGUUCUAUUUUAUUUUUUCGUCAUCGAGGUGAAGUUGACUGCUGGCUUCUCAUUUGCUGUGCAUGUCAGCUUCUUGUUUCAGCAUCUGUACAGUUGUAAUUUUCCCCGUUCCAUAUUGAAUCACAGGAUUGUAUAGGAUUUCUUGGCACCAUUAUUGAAUAAAGUCAAGCUGCUGGCUAA